GCCUGGCGUGAGGAGAAGGAGGAGCUGCUGCGGCCUUUGCUACUCGGGCAAAUCGGCCGCGCAGCGGGAACCCGCCGACAGCGUGAGCUGCUGGUCCUCGCGCGGAGGAGGCGCAGGAGGCCCGAGGGCCAUGGAGCCUGGUGACGCGGCACGCUCUGGCCCGGGGCGGGUCGUCCGGGCGCUGCUACCGCGACUGCUGCUGCUGCCGCUGCUGCUGAGUCGGGGGCUGCGUGCUGCGGCCUCGGUCUCCUCCUCUGGGGCGGUGGCCGAGGACAGCAGCGCCAUGGAGGAGCUUGCAACUGAGAAGGAGGCGGAGGAAAGCCAUCGGCAAGACAGCGUGAGCCUGCUCACCUUCAUCCUGCUGCUCACGCUCACCAUCCUCACCAUCUGGCUCUUCAAGCACCGCCGGGUGCGCUUCCUACACGAGACUGGACUGGCCAUGAUCUAUGGACUCAUCGUUGGGGUGAUCCUGAGGUAUGGCACCCCUGCCACCAGUGGCCAUGACAAGUCCCUCAGCUGCACUCAGGAAGACAGGGCCUUCAGCACCUUAUUAGUGAAUGUCAGUGGGAAGUUCUUCGAAUACACCCUGAAAGGAGAAAUCAGCCCUGGAAAGAUCAACAGUGUAGAGCAGAAUGACAUGCUCAGGAAGGUAACAUUUGAUCCAGAGGUGUUUUUCAAUAUUCUGCUGCCUCCAAUUAUUUUCCACGCUGGAUACAGUUUAAAGAAGAGACACUUUUUUAGAAAUCUUGGGUCUAUUCUGGCCUAUGCCUUCUUGGGGACUGCUGUUUCCUGCUUCAUUAUCGGAAAUCUCAUGUAUGGUGUGGUGAAGCUGAUGAAGAUUGUGGGACAGCUCUCGGAUAAAUUCUACUACACGGAUUGUCUCUUUUUUGGAGCAAUUAUCUCUGCCACUGACCCAGUGACCGUACUGGCAAUAUUUAAUGAAUUGCAUGCAGACGUGGACCUUUAUGCACUUCUGUUUGGAGAAAGCGUCCUAAAUGAUGCUGUUGCCAUUGUACUGUCCUCGUCUAUUGUUGCUUACCAGCCAGCGGGGCUGAACACUCACGCCUUUGAUGCUGCUGCCUUUUUUAAGUCAGUUGGCAUUUUUCUAGGUAUAUUUAGUGGCUCUUUUACCAUGGGAGCUGUGACUGGUGUUGUGACUGCUCUAGUGACCAAGUUUACCAAGCUGCACUGCUUCCCCCUGCUGGAGACAGCACUCUUCUUCCUGAUGUCCUGGAGCACGUUUCUCUUGGCGGAAGCCUGUGGGUUUACAGGUGUCGUAGCUGUACUUUUCUGUGGAAUCACACAAGCUCAUUACACUUACAACAAUCUGUCAGUGGAAUCAAGAAGUAGAACCAAGCAGCUUUUUGAGGUGUUGCACUUCCUGGCAGAGAACUUCAUCUUCUCCUACAUGGGCUUGGCACUGUUUACCUUCCAGAAGCACGUUUUCAGCCCCAUUUUCAUCGUUGGAGCUUUUGUUGCCAUCUUCCUGGGCAGAGCUGCACAUAUCUACCCACUUUCCUUCUUCCUCAACUUGGGCAGAAGGCAUAAGAUUGGCUGGAAUUUUCAACACAUGAUGAUGUUUUCAGGCCUCAGGGGAGCCAUGGCAUUUACCUUAGCCAUCCGAGAUACAGCCUCCUACGCUCGCCAGAUGAUGUUCACGACCACCCUGCUCAUCGUCUUCUUCACGGUCUGGAUCAUUGGUGGAGGCACAACACCCAUGUUGUCAUGGCUUAAUAUAAGAGUUGGCGUUGAGGAGCCCUCCGAAGAGGACCAGAAUGAACACUGCUGGCAGUACUUCAGAGUUGGUGUUGACCCAGAUCAAGACCCACCACCCAACAAUGACAGCUUUCAAGUCUUACAAGGGGAUGGUCCAGAUUCUGCCAGAGGAAACCGGACAAAGCAAGAGAGUGCAUGGAUAUUCAGGCUGUGGUACAGCUUUGACCACAAUUACUUGAAGCCCAUCCUCACACACAGUGGCCCCCCAUUAACCUCCACUCUCCCAGCCUGGUGUGGCUUGCUGGCUCGAUGUCUAACCAGUCCCCAGGUAUACGAUAACCAAGAGCCACUGCGAGAGGAAGACUCCGAUUUUAUCCUGACUGAGGGCGACCUCACCCUGACCUACGGGGACAGCACAGUGACUGCGAAUGGCUCCUCAGGCUCCCACACGGCCUCCACAAGCCUCGAGGGUGGCCGCAGAACAAAGAGCAGCUCUGAGGAAGUGCUGGAACGGGACCUGGGAAUGGAGGACCAAAAGGUUUCAAGCCGCGGUACCCGCCUAGUAUUUCCUCUGGAGGAUAAUGCAUGAUUUUCCUCCGAGCCCCUGAACCGAUGGGGUAGGCCCACCGGUGGGGUGAUGAUGGUCGCAGGCCCCAGUGUUGUUUGAGGUGGGGUGUUGACAGAACUAAACUAAUGCUUCUAUUUUAUUGGGGUCUGAAGAUAUCUUAACACUUAAAAUUUAACCCAAGAUGCAGAUGGUGGGGCUAAAGUGUUUCUAAAUCAAGACAAAUGCAGACCUAUUUCCACUUUUUCACAUAGUAGUGAGCUAUUUCAGAGUUAAACAAACAAACAAAAUAGCAUGCUUUAAUGGACUCCUAAUUCACUCACCUGCAAUAUCUGAAUAAACUGAGGCAGGUGUUGGGGAUUCCUCCCAGGAGAGGCUUCAUAUUAAUACACAGCAGUGCUAGUCUAGCUUGGGCUCUAGGAGGGGACGUUAGGGGAGAACAGGCUAGAAGAUGACAAAGGAAGGCAACUGAGGUUAGACCUGCAAGGAUUAUAGGACGCUGGUGUUAAAUGGGACAGAAAACAAGAAAAGUCAAUUUGAUUGGAGGCUCCAGAGACAAAGUCUGCAGGACUGCAACCUCAUAUCAGCAUUCCUGACUUUUAUGCUACCUGUGUUCCGUCUAGGCUGGAGAUUGGAAAAUAUAUCUGUGAACAUUUCAACAUGGGGGAAAUAAUUGUAGCUCCUUCUCUGGAAAUCUCCAUAAAGAAGCAGUUACUGAAAUGUUUAAAACCAAAGGCAAAAGUAUUACACAGUUGUUUUUUUUAAUCUGAGGACAGGAGGUAUUUGCAAACUGCUGAUAACACUGCAAAAAUAAUUCAACUCUUGAGGGCCACCCUAUGAACUGACAGCCUGAUACUUGAACUUUGCUCCGAGGGCAUGACAGGGAAAUGAUUCAAUAGGACUGAGAUCUCUACUGUGAAUUUAGAAAUCACACUGAAAUUAUGGGAUGCUUUUACCUGGGGAAGGGAAGGCAACCUGAGGAGCAAAAGGCUUGGUAUUUAGAGAAGAGAAAGAAAUCUUACUGCAAAGAGAAUGCAAGGUAGUAUUCUAAAGACUGGGUAGAAUUCCAAACUUUGAGCUGGUGAACGUGUGAGAUUUCAGUGGCCACAUGAGGAAUCAGAGGGGAGUUAAUGGAAAGUUCAAUAUUAUCCAACCCACUGAAGGUUCUGGAUACUCUGAGAUAAAAAUACUUUCAAGAAUCCAGGUGUCUUCACACCACUGAGUGCCAUGUUGAGAAGGCAUCUGGGGAGACUUGCAUCAGCUUAAUGUGUGGGUGUAGUUAAACUUAGUUUUUUAGUCUGGAUUAUUUCAGGGUAAGCUAUUCUACCCGCCCUUACCUAAAGCAAGUGAAAUACUGAGAAUUCUUGGAAAAGUUUGAGUUUUUCCCCAUGUCUCUAUGCUUUAGUGCUAUCACAUUUGGCAAUCCAAUUUUUAAAAAUGCUUUCAUACAUGUCAUUUUUAUUAUGGUAAAAAACAAAAUAGUGUCCCAAUCAAGUACACCCAUAAUGAAAUCAGACAUUUAAUCUUCUUAACUCAUUUUAAAUGGUUAAUUUUUAAAUAAGACAUUGCUUUACACUCUAUGGUCUUGUGUAAACCAAGAAAAAUUAAUUAGUAUGAACCAUAUGAAAGUGCUGAUACCCAACCAUUUUUGAAAAACAGAAACGACAAUUUCAUACGGUUCAAUAUAAUUGAAUGAAUUUUAUAUCAGACAGUCCUGUUUCCUUUCUCUCUACAAUAAAGUCCAUUUUGAUUUUAUAACUGUCCAUGGGCUUUGUAAACUUGAAAAAAGCUAAACAACUUACCUAACCCCAUGAGGCCUCAGAGCUACCUAGGCUAAUGAAGGACUUAAGAAAACCUACAACUGACAGCCAGGGAAACAGCUUUCUUAGAGAGCCCCCGGAAAAGAGGUUAUUAUGUUGUGGUCUCAGGCUGCAGUGAUUAAACGCUUGGCUGCUAACUAAAAGGUCAGUGGUUCGAACACAGUAAAUAUUACAGCCUAAGAAACCCUAUGGGGAAGUUCUACUCUGUCCUAUAGGGUCGCUAUGAGUCGGAAUCGACUAGACAGCAGUGGGUUUUCAGGCUACAGACAGCAGCUGCCAGGCUUAACAGAAGGCUGGAGAUGGAUGUAUGUGCUCUGGCCCAGAACCAGCACAGGAGUUUUUCUUUAGUAGUCUCAGUAAUGACUGUUAUGCCAUAUAAACUUAAAAGGUGAGGACUUUUUUUUUUUUUUGGACAGGGUAGAAGAUAGGGUAGUUGGCUUUUCAUAAAGCCUAGCUUUUCUCAUAUGUUGCUUAUUUAUUUACAUUAAUUUUGGAGAAAAGAAGCUAACAGAAAAACCCUGAUGAUGGUUCUUAAGAGUCAACCAGGUAGGAUACAUCCUGUCCCCACUAACCUUAAGGGUUUGUUGUCAUUUGGGUCUUCUAGGAAACUUUCAGCAAAUCGUAAGAAAUUAGCCUCAUAGGAAGGAAAAAUAACCACCGAGUUUCCCAUCCUAGUCUUAGGUCAAUGCAUAGAUUGUUGUGUUUUACCCCAGAGGGUCUCAUAGUCUUCAUAGCAAACAUUUUAUUCUGACCCAUACUUCAGUAUAAAAAUAGAUAUUAGCUAUGACCAAAAUUUAGCUAGGAUUAGUUAUUUGAUUACGUUUUUUAUUGAGUGGAUCAGGGUAAGUCACUUUGACCAAUAAUUCUAAUUUUUCUGUUUGUAAGAUGUGGGGAAUAAUCCUGACCUUUCAAGGGGUUCUGGGAAGGUGAGUCCAUUCAUCAAAAUGCUUCCAACUCUAGAAGCAUUAUGCCUAAGCUGCAGACAAAGCCCAGAAACCAUUUAAUUCAAGGUGAACUACCUGCUGCCAAUCACAUAAAAUUAGAUUGAAACUGAUGAGUAAUGGUACACGCAGCUUAACAAAGUUCUUCUGAGAGGGUAAAAAAGUCACAUUAUAAACAUUUGUUCUGAGUUGUGGAGAGGGGAAGAUGGCAGGCAAUUCAUCAGUCUAAUGUUCUAGAGCAGAGGUUCUCAAAUCUGGCCAGUUUUUUUUUUUCCCAAAAUACCAAUGCAAGGGCCUGCCACCAGAGAUUCAAUUCAGUCAGUUUGGGGUGGGGCCUGGGCAUCCAUACUUUGUUCCGGAACCUCAGGCGGUCCCAAUGGGCAGCAAGGGUUGAGAGCCUUUAGUCAAGAGCCUGCAGUAGACUCUUAUUUGGAACCUUAUUUGAAGAAAAGGCCUAGCAAGUUAGGGAUUUUUAAAAUUGUUAGUCAAGUGGAACAAACCAUGUUGAUCAAUAAUACAGAUUGGGCAGCUGUGAAGAACAUACUCCAUAAAGUACAACCGAAAAUGUCAUGUUUGAAAACCUUAAAGCAUGAAGGUGGGGGGAGAAGGGUGAUAAGUAUAUGUAUGAGAAUUUAAAACCUUUCAUCUUUGUCCCCAUUUAUGGAAAAAAGGUUUCGUCUUAACUGAGCUACUGACUAAUGUGAAAGUUUCUUGGAAGCUAUCUUUUCUAUUUCAUCUAGUAUUGCAGUCAAAGACUUUCCUUCUCUUCAGACUCUACUUGUUCCCAUGCUUAAAUCCAUGUUGUAUUCCUCAGAAUGAAGGGUGGGCCCACUUACUGCCAGGGAAAAGGUCCCACAUUAAGUGGAAGGCUGUGACUGCUUUGCUGUCAGAUGGUGGCUGUCAGUGUGGGAAGCAGGUAAUUAGGAAGAUGCACAUUUUUGUAUAACACUUUGACAAAGGGAAUAACAAAAUUCUUGUCGUUUCUUUUAAUACUCUUUUUGGGGAUUAUAAGGAAAUCUAAACUACUUCUAGAGAAGGAAAUUUGGAAUUUAUUUAAGGUUGCAUUUCUUCUUAGGAAACAAGUAUCGGAAGGGCAUACAUGAUUAAAUGGACUCUGAUCAUCCAGGGUACUUACUAGGGUGCCCAGACAAAUAAGCAUUGAUGCCUUGAAGCCAAAAAUCACACUGUGACAUCAAACAUUUUGUCAAGCAAACGGCAAGGGGUUCUUUAGGCUGUGUUCUCUAGACCUUAAAAUGUCCUCUGUUCUUUGACUGACAAAUGACAUCUCUUUAGAAAAUGUGAAAAAUGUUAUCUCAGCCAUCCAUAGACAUUUCAACUAGGGCAAAGUGGAGGUCUAUUCUGUGUACCAUCCCUCCUCCAUCACAUCUUUUCUUUGUCUUCAGUGGAAGCUAAUGUACUCUUGUCAGAUAUUUAAUGUGAACAAGUUAUUUCCAACUGUAGAAACACCACUGAUGCACUUAGGGAAGGCCAGUGGCAGGGCAGUUAAGCUACUCAUCAGAGAUGAAAAUCAUCCACUUGGAAACCUACCUUGGUCCCCAUUGUGAGUUCUAAGAGAUGUAUCAGAAAGCCGAUCUUACCAUCAGCUCUAAAUGUGAUCUGGAAUUAUGAGGGCUAUUGCAAAGUCGGCUUGCUGAUUUAAUAAGUAUAUGACUUCUUAUUCCACUUCAGAAGUGGGGGACUUGACAAGUUUCACGCCUGCUUUUUGAUGUUCUUAGAUUAGUUAAUACAGGAGUUAGUCUGUCAAAUACAUUAGAAUGGUAUUACUGAGUUUUGAUCUCAUAUGUAGUUUUUUAAAUAAGAGUCUGGCUUGCGAGUGUCUGAUACAGUAAGCUGAAGGUAUCUAGUGGCCAACAGUUAUAUUUUAGAAGUAACCCAUCUGAAUGUUGCUUUCACCACUUUGAUACCUGAAAACACCUUCCCCCUUUCUAAAACCUAAUAAGACAGAGAAAUACUUUAGGAAUCAAUGCCAGUGUCUAACUAGGAAAAUCAAGUAGAUUCUUGGACUAUCUUUCAAAACAAGACCUAGAAAUAAACCAUUUUUUCCAGUUUCAAUUUUCAUAGGCAGAGAUUUUAAUUAACAAACACAUCUUGAUUUUUUACUUAGUGCUAGCCAAAAUUAUAAAGAGCAAAACCAAAGUUUUUGAUGUUGGUUUUAUUUUUGCAAGUAGGGUAUGCUAUAACCAUGGCCCAGAUGGAAUAAACAGGCAGCUGGUUUUCUGUUACAUGAGCAGACAGAAAACUGUUCCUUGUAGAAAGGAGACGAGGAGGAAGGUCAGCCUGCUCUGGCACCUUCUGAAAAGGUCUGAGGCAGAUAUGAGAACACAUAAGGGAAGUCACUUUCUUAUUCUGGUGGCCACUUUUUAACAGGAAUUAAAAGAAUUGCCAAACAUCAUGGUCAAAUGGACUCUUUGCCAGUGGAAAAUUAUCUGGUCCUUUAUGUGUUGGAGGAACUCAGAAAAGGACUUAUAAGUAGCACGAAGAACUCAAGAGCUGCCAUCUAAAGCACUUACAAAGAGUUAAGAUCUAAGUGUUCCUGGGUGGUGGUCUAAUUGCAUGGAUGUGUAGGGGCCGAUUUUUCUUGUAGUUAUUCCAUUUCAGGGCUUUGGAGAAGCACAGGAAUGAUUUUCAGUUGUGUUGGGUGUUAAGUGUAUGGAACCACUCAUUUAAAGUGAUUUCAUAGUAGGGUCAGCUCCUCCUAGGUUGUCUUUUAUUUAUUUAUUUAUUUAUACAGAAAAUACAGCUCGUACUUCCUCCUUAGAAGUUUUACAAAUGGGUUUGGUUUGGUUUAUUAAAAUGAUUAAGUAAACGGGAAGUUCACCAGGAUUCAUUUAGUAGCUGAAAAGCAGUUUUUAAAAAUAGAAUUGGAUGAAUUUAACAUGGGAUGAUGUGAUCUUCUGAGAACGUUUAUAGACACUUACAUACUAUAAUUGGGGAGAAUUUUGUUCUCUCCUUCCAUUCAGCAGUAACAAAUGGGUGGUUUUAAAAAAUCUCAACAUUAAAGUAUGUUAUAACUGUGAAAAUCUAGCGUUAUCAGCAAUUUUUCUGUGCAAUAAGGAAAACUGCAGUUAAGCCCCUAAAGUGGUAUCUCUCCCUAUCAUUUUACUUAAUGUUUGCCUUUGUGCGUAUGUUUAGAUUGAUAUUGUUAAAGCUAUCCACGUUUUCCUGCGCUUUACUGAUAUUUAACAAAUUUUUCUCAAAGCUUUUUUAAAACUGAAAAUAAAAAGAUUUACUGGCUGAGCUAAUCUUGUUUUGUGUUUUAAAAAAGUAUCAUCUGUCAGCAGAAAAGGCUGAUUUUAUUCCUAGUCUUCUUUUUUUCCUUUCUUUAUCAAGGAAGUUCUUUUCUGGGUGGAAGCUAUUCUUCUCCAGGGGUUAGCAAACUACCUCCCAUGGGCCAAAUCUAGCCCUAUUUUUGUAAAUAAAGUCAUUAGUUUACAUACUGUGUGUGAAAGCUUUCAUGCUGCAAUGACAGCAGAGCUCUGAGGAGUUAAGACAGAGACUGUAUAGCCCACAAUGUGGCCCUUUCCAGAGAAAGUUUUUGCUGACUCCUGAUUUAGAUGCUUGAAGAAAUUCAGUUUUAAAAUAGGGUUGAAAAAUCAUGGCAACAGAUUUUUGAAAUUUUUAAAAUGUGCCUUAGGGUUAAAAGAAAUACAUUAAACCUGACCUCUGCCUACGAUUUCUCCUGACCUAUAAGUCUUUUACAGGCUUUGAGUGUAGAACCCUGUACAAAGCAUCACUGAGUAUUAAAAAACCCUGAGUAUUAGCAACACCAAUUUGUAAGAUUUAGGCAAGUGGAUUUGGCAUUUCAGCUUUACGCUUAGGUUGUUAAUGGAUAAUUCCAAAGAUUCUUAAACCCAAUAUACAGUUUCCUUUGUAUUCCUUUGUAUGCAGACUGGCUUUUACUUGACCCCAUGCUGUUAAAUUAUAUCAUAAAUGCUGCUUUCUAACAAAACAAAACAAAAAAUCCUGUCAUUAACAUGACUCCAAAGUUACAAAAACACCAGAUAGAAUAAUUUAAAAGCAAUAAAAAUGUGUUUCAGUUCAUUAGGGUUCUCCUACCCCAGGGACAUAAAAAAUACUGUUU